CCACAUGUCGGUAUAGAGUCAGUCGAUUUAUUAACAACAGUUUCUUCACUCAUCAUUGUAUUACCUCCUGCACAUACAGAGGAUGCAGUUAACAAGCUCUGUGACCUCUAUGAAGACUUUUCUGAACCGAAAAACCGUAAACAUAUUGCCAAACUCUACUCGUACGUGCUGAAUUUUAUUCCUACAUGGUUUGAAAUUAAUAUCCUCAUUUUUAAGGUUGCAAGUAUUUUGAAGGUAUGUGGUUGCUCACCUGCGGAAUGUCAAAACCUCUGGAGACAAAUGUACGAAGUACACCAAGCCAGUGGAAAUACAAAACUAGCGACACAAGCAAUGAUUAACUUACUUUCUACGUAUUCGGAUGGUGGUGCAGCGGGUGCUCGCGAGGAUGCCUUCAAGUGUAUUCUGGCUGCCAUUCAGGACCCCAGUUUCCUUUCACACAAUCGCCUAAUUACACUGAAGCCUGUGCAAUAUCUUGAGGGUGAACCACUUUUGGAAAUUUACGUCUCUGGUGGACUCUCCGACUUCGCAUCUUUUAUAAAAAAGCACCCCAAGUUUUUAGCCGAACAUGGUCUCAACGAGAAAGCUUGUCUUGAUAAACUCAGAACUCUCAGUUUGAUGGAGAUUGCUGAAAAUGUAGCAGAGUUGGAUUAUGAAACUGUCUGUUGCAAAAUAGACUUGCCUGAGGACCAACUUGAAGCUUUCAUCAUCGAGGCUGUUCGCCAACGUGUAAUUACUUGUAAGCUGGAUCAAAUUCACAGACGGAUUCUGAUCACUGGCGCACUUCCACGCAACUUUGGUCGUCCCCAGUGGCAAAGUCUCUACAGUACCUUAAAGGAAUGGGAAACGGGUCUCCGUGUAGUCCAAAACAGCUUGAGGACAAUGAUCGGAACUGCUGUUCAAUAA